AUGACUACAGAAUUGGACCAUAUGGCCGUGGUCACAACUGAGAUUUGUGUUUCUCUGGAAAGAUAUCCAGAAGAAGCAGCAGAUAGAAUUGGUCUUUGUGAUGAAUACUUGACGAGAAUCGGGACCGAAACAAAUACCCAUAUCGAGUGUGACAAGAAGGGAAAUGCCCUCUUCAUCCAUGGCGGGCCUAAGGACGUCAAAAAGGCGUAUGCUGAGCUCCAUGAGCUGCUGAAACGUCUCAGUAUUUCCAAAACGGAUGCUCCCAUCGUUGAUGAACUCGCCGAAGAAGAAGUAAAGCUUCUGGGGAAAGAAUUCCUUGAUGGCGUCGUUUUUCGCAAAUUCAACGACGGAAGUAUCUUGCAGGAGAACACUUCCAACACCUAUGUCCUAGAUCCAAUUCAUACGGAUAAGUUUGAGAAUGGAAAUGACAGGAUCUGUGCUAGCGGCAUGUGGGAUAUGAAGAAAUUUGUUGAAUGGAAGUUUGUUCCUGAAGUAACCCGCGAAGCUAGUAAAGUUUUGAUGGCGCAGUUAAGGCGACUACCACUAGAAACAGAGGAUUAUUUCAAGCUGGAGAUGAGUAUCGGGAAAGUGAUUUUUUACGAAAAUUCCAACAAUUAUCCACUUGAUGGUGCAAAAUUCGCCGUCAACGAUUUCUGUCACCUCAGAGAAACUGUGUCUUCUUUUCGCAAAUGUCUGGAUGCAUGCCUGAUCGAACACUUGGGAGACAUUCUACCAAAACUCAGAUAUAAUAGAGAAGGAAACACUUUUAAAACCGUCAAGAUCCGACACAUUGUGGGACAUAAAGAUGGGAAUUCUUACGCGAAUGUCUGGUCGCUUGAUAUACUUGAGGGAGGGAAAUAUGCCGGUAAAAAAUCGAGGCCGCUUGAACUCAACAAAGUACGCGUGUUUAAAAGGAGUCCAUUCUCGGCCACUAUUCACAACCCAGCCAAGGCAUUUGAUUUCAAACUUUCAAUCAUUGCUAACGCCCGCGAAUGUACCGCGAGUACACAGGAAAUUGAAGAACGCAUUAGUCGGACCUACAGGUAUUCAACCAAAAGAGGACUUUUAGUCAAUUCUGAGGUUGAACGUAACCACGGAUAUAAGCCCUUGGUCCUUGCAGAGUCUAGAACUUUCAAGGAAACCACCUGGAUCCGUGGGAACAUCAAGGUUUCUAUCCUUGAAGUGGAAGAUGGACCUGAAAGCGUGUUUGAGGUCAAAGUACAAAAUAACCAAUUGAAAGAGUACUUACGCGAAAGUCCUAGGGAGGUUCCACUGGACUAUGUCAUCGCAACGGUGAAGGAACUUUUUGAGGCUAUAGAAGAAAUUAGGGACGAACUCAAUAUUUUCUCUAGCUCAAAAUAUCCAGAGGAUUUCUUGCUUAAACCGGGUCAAAAAUCAGAGGAUAGACCCAGAUAUUCUGCAAGGGGAGCAGGAAAUAUAUUUUCUGAUGUCGAUGCCGAGAAUGAAUUGCGAAAUUCAUCUCUAGUUCAUCGAACCAAGUACACAACAACUGAGCAAAUUCCUGAUAUAAUUCCGCCCAAAAGGCUCAACCACAGCUCCCAGAGGACCUCUCCUCGGAGCUCAUCAUUUUGCGACUCUCCAAGCUUGGGAACUGUAAAGCCAUAUGCUACUUGGGAGGAGGGCCUUAUCAAGGACGGGUUUGAUUUGAAAACCCCAAUUCUUAUGCCCACCAAGAUUCACUCUCGGAUACACCCAUCAACUCACGACAAAUCAUCUCCAACAGUGCCCGAAUUCCUCGGUGAAUAUGACCAUACGACUAGUCCCAGCCCAGUGCCGGUGAAAUCCGUCAGGAGAAACGAAAUUUCCAAAGCACAAACACGUGAUUUGUCUCCAUAUGAUAUAGGCCGUGCCAUGGAAACAUCAGAGAAACCACCUUCAUAUCGCGGUAAUUCAUACCCUACCAGACCAGCCAAUCUAUCAGAAAGGCUUCCUGAUGAUGUCUUAUUUGACAUGCCUGAUGCUGGGAUUAGUGGGGACUCCCCUCAAGAUGUCAAGUAUUCGUCAACGCAUGAUAUGAUGGACCUAUCCAGCACGAAGAAAAUUGACUUUUUCGGGAGCAUCGACCCCUCAGCCGAUGAUGGCGAACAAUCGGUUUCAUGCAGCCCAAUCAGCAGGUAUCACUAUCACGACGAGGACCUACUUCUCUUUAGUUAG